CAGAUGUUAGUCCAUUCUUACUGCACUGCGGUGAGUUUUUGCUCAUGGUUAUUGUUUGUGGUAAAUUUGUCUUCAGGGUCUUUUUUUUUUUUCUUUCAAGUUUCUACUUUUCUGUGCUUCUUCAAGGAUCGUCAUGACGGGGUUUCGAGUCACAGCUCACGCCUGUCCCAAUUGGGUUCGGUAUCCCACGCGGGGCCCUACUCCAGCGCACCGCCCCUGUCCCACGCACCAUCGUCGGACUUCCAGCCUCCUUAUUUCCCACCACCUUACCAGCCGCUCGCCCACUACCAGAGCCAGGACCCCUACUCGCAUGUCAGCGAUCCGUACUCCUUGAACUCUCUGCACCAGAGCCAACAAGGCGCAUGGGGGGCGCGGCAGCGGCAGGACGCAGCCGCGGAACGGAUGGACAGCUCGUCUUUGUUGGCCCAGCCUCGGGCCUCGCUGGCGCAGCUACCUGGGCUAGACCCACGGCGGGACUACGGUGGGGUGAGGCGGCCCGAUGUGCUCCUGCACGCCGCUCAUCCAGGACUGGAGCCCGGUAUGGGGGACGGACUGUUGCAUGGACUGCACGGCAUGGAGGAUGUGCAGACUAUCGACGACACCAACGGAACCAACAUACUGGACCAAUCUGUUAUUAAGAAAGGUAAACUGCAUGUCGAUAUGUGCAAUAUAAAUAAUAUCGGUUCGUUGAUGCUGGGCAAAGACGGCCUGAUCGGUGGAGUCAGCGUCAACAUCAACGAACUGUUUUGUUCGGUACCGGGUCGGCUGUCCCUGCUCAGCUCCACCUCCAAAUACAAAGUGACCGUUGGGGAGGUGCAGAGGAGACUUUCCCCGCCCGAGUGCCUCAACGCAUCCUUAUUGGGGGGCGUGUUGCGAAGAGCAAAGUCCAAAAAUGGUGGGAAAUGCCUGAGGGAAAAACUAGAGAAGAUUGGACUGAAUUUACCUGCUGGGAGACGCAAGGCUGCAAAUGUCACGUUACUAACAUCACUAGUUGAAGGCGAGGCGGUGCACCUUGCCCGAGACUUCGGCUACAUCUGCGAGACGGAGUUCCCCACCAAAGCCGUGAGCGAGUACCUCAACCGGCAGCAUACGGAUCCCAACGAGCUCCACACGCGGAAAAACAUGCUGCUGGCCACCAAACAGCUGUGUAAAGAGUUCACAGACCUGCUGGCCCAGGACAGGACUCCCCUGGGCAACUCGAGGCCCAGCCCCAUCCUGGAACCCGGCAUCCAGAGCUGCCUCUCUCACUUUUCCUUCAUCACACACGGCUUCGGUUCGCCCGCCAUCUGUGCUGCGCUCACAGCCCUCCAAAACUACCUCACCGAGGCACUGAAAGGACUCGACAAGAUGUUCCUCAACAACCCUCCCAACCGUCACGGGGACAAGGGUGGCGAGAAAGAGGAAAAACAACGGAAAUGA